GUUCCUGCACAUGUAGGGAUAGAAGGGAAUGAAAUUGUGGAUGUACUGGCAAAAAGAUCUAUAAAACAUGAAACAGUUGAUAUACAAGUACCAUUAAGUAGAGCAGAGAUCAAAACCAUUAUAAAGGGACACACGCAUAAAAUAUGGCAGGAAUACUGGGACACAAAUGACACCGGACGACACCUAUAUGCCAUACAAAAACAAGUAGCCAUGAGUGUGAGGCAGGGCAGAAACCCAAAGGAAGAGAUGAUAAUUAUGCGUCUUAGAAUAGGUCAUGCUGGAUUAAAUCUAGCAUUAAACAGAAUAAGAAAACACUCCACUGGACUCUGCACACACUGCAGUACACAAGAGAAAGUGAAACACAUUCUGUUAGACUGCAAAAGGUAUGAGGAGGAAAGAGCUGAGCUAGAGAUGCAGAUUGGAAAACAACUACUAGACACUAGAGAACUUGCUGGGGAAAACAUCUGGGUUAAUGCACCGCCCCCUAAUAAACUAUUUAAAAAGUACUGGUAUAAGUGAGAGAAUUUAGUAAUCUAUAGUACGAAUAACUAGUAUAUAGCUAUUUAUCUCUUUAUUUUCUUUUAUGUAUGCAGUAUUGUUUUGGUAUUAUUAUUAUUAGUGGGUUUUUUUCUAUUUAAUUUUAGUAUUAUUAUUAUUACUGUUAUUAUUUUAUUUAUUAAUUUUACAAUUUUUUUUUUCCUGCCAAUCUACUGCCCGCACUCCAGUCCAGUAGGUGGCGGUAAUACACCUUUAGUGGUUUGCCAACCGCCAUUAAAAACAAAAAGAAGAAGACGACGAAGCCGACGUAGCCACAUGCUGCGGAAGUAUAGUGUUAACUACAAGGUUUUUGGCUGAAUUUACAUCUCAUAGCGUUUAAUAGCCGUUUAAAGAUUGCACCAUGUCGAUUUCACUGUUAAGAAGGGGACUCGAACUGCUUAAUGAAGAUCUGAAAGGUGUGGCCAAGGGUCCGAAGAAAAAGUGCACCAAGAAAGCAUCAGUGAUGGAUCAGAUUAGCACCAAUAAGCAGGGUGUUAGGAAGCAGCUCCGCCGACUGCAGCCCCACAACACAACCCGAAAAAACAAAGCCACAGUCAAAGACAAGCAGAUCAGAAAUGCCUUAGAGGAAUACAGAAAGAAGCAGAAGAAAAGUCAGCUCAAUUCCAACCUGCAGUAUUUCCUGGGAAACAGCUAUAAAAUGCAGACAAGCUGCACACAGAAGAUCGUGCAUCAGAACGUAGGCCGUCAAUCCCGGCACCAGCCAGAGAAACCCGUCAAGAAACAAGAAAAACAAUCCAUAUUCACCGAGGCGGAAUUCCAAAAGUUCCAGGAGGAAUACUUUUCUAAUCGUUGAUCUCAAUAUUGACUACUGUGGACACUUGUAUGAUUAUGUGGAAGAGGAAUCCUGCAUUCCAGGAACAUGUUUGGAGAAGUCACAUGAACAGACAUACAGAAAUCCAAUUUCCAUUUUUGACAAAAAUUAAUAGUUUUCGAUUUGUGUUUUUCAAAUAAAUAUUUGUUUGAUGGUUUGCCAAAAGCUGUGUUUCAUGUUGUAUCAUCUAUGUCAGGGCAUCAAUGUCAGGGCAUCUUUCUAUAUCAGCAGCUCUGACAGUACUCACAGCUGCCG